CCCUCCUUCCAUUUCCAAAUUAUUUAUUUUGGAAAACCUAACACCUGUAAUUAAUAAUAAUUAACAUUUAUUAACACAACGAUCGAUCGAAAAUAUGAUUUUCACGACAAUGUCCAUAUUAUUCAAUAGUUUAUAUUACGCGACUACGUUUGUAGUAACAUUUUUCAUGUCCAUUCAUUCAGUUUUGCCUUUUGGUUUCGAUAUCGGAUUAUUGGGUGUUGCGGUGUAUUUUUUCACGAAACUUCCGAAGCCGGACCCGAGUAAUGUGACGAGUAUAUUUGGGCCGCCCUCGGACUCGAAGGAAGGCGAGACGAAUCCAAAGAAGGUGGUGAAAUGCAUAGCGCACAGGGGCGCGGGGCUCGAUGCUCCCGAGAAUACAUUGCAAGCGUUUAAAUAUUGUGUAGCCAUGGACUGUAACUUUGUCGAGAUGGACGUAAGGACAUCGAAGGAUGGUCAGCUAGUGCUUCUACACGACCAAGGGCUGGAGCGGCUAACGGGCACAGAUAUCACAGACGUUAGGUUUAUGGACUGGGACAGCAUCAAGAAUAUUGACAUUGGUGCCACACACCCUAAUAGGCAACAAUUCAAAGAUGUAACUCUAUGUUUGCUGGAGGAUGCAAUUGAUUACCUCUUGGCUAAUAAAGUAAAGAUGAUCAUUGACGUGAAAGGAGAGGAUGCUCAGGUUGUUAAUGGCAUUCUGAGAGUGUUCUCUGGCAAUCCGGUUUUAUAUGAAAAUGCUGUUGUCACGUCCUUCAACCCAUAUGUCCUGUAUCAGAUCCGCAAGCGAGAUCCGAACAUUGUCGGAGCGAUGAGCUAUCGCCCGCACUGUUUCGGCUUUUUAAAUUACGACGCGGAAAAUGGACCUACCAAUCCCAGGUUCGGCGCGCGGCACGCGGCGCAGGCGGCGGCGCGCGCGGCGGACGCGCUGCACGGCGCGCUGUGGCGCUGGGCGGCGCGCUGGUGCUCCGUCAGCGCCGUGCUGCUGCACAAGGACAUCGUCAGCCCGCGCGAGGUGGAGUACUGGCGGUCGCUGAACGUGCGCGUCGCCGGCUGGUGCGUCAACCGGCCCGUCGAGAAGCUGUACUGGCGCGCCGUGCUGCGCGCGCCCUACCUCGCCAACACGCUCGUCGGCGAGCCGGAGGUGGAUAAAAAAGAGGUGAGACAAUCGGUCAUGGUCGACUGUGAGGAGAGGCCGUGCGACAAAGUGCCGGAGCCCGAGAAAAAGAUGUCGUCGGGUCAGAAUUGAAUGAUUUUUACCGCGUUUUAGGGUCGACGCACACGUGGAUUUCAUGAUUAUUCACCGUAAAUUCUAAUGAGUUUUCACUUUAGGGUCGACGCACCUUUAUACAGUUUUCACCAAUGAAUAGACAUAUACACAAAGUAUGAUUAAUCGAUGUACACGUAUAUUGUAGGCUUUUUUUUUGUAUGUAAUAGAAGUAGAAGCUAAAUAUUAAAGACUAAACACACAGACACACACACACACACAUGUAGUACGUUGUAAAAUAUAAAGAUUUACGUAUAAUGAUAUCUUGGUGUAAGGCUAUAGUAUAUAAAAUGGAAAGUAAUAUAUAUCAGAAAUUUUAUCAUAUAAUAAAUACAUAUUUUUGUAUUAGCUUAAUAAUAGAGGAUAAUUUAAUUAAAAAAAAACAGCUGGUGGACUUUGCCCUUUCUAGAUGGAGUAUUUUACGCUUUAUGAGUUUUCUUUCACAUCUUUCGUGCAAAGAUUGUCCAAAGAAACCGUUUCAUUAUGUUUAUAAGUAUAGUUUUAAGCACUAGUGUGCGUCGACCCUAAUCGACGGCCAAAAACGUUUGGAUAAUUGGUAAAAGUGAUUUGUUUGAUCGAAUGUGCAAUUUUUUUUUUACUUUUGUUGUGUGUGUGUGUGCUGACCCUUAUUGGAUGAAGUGGUGGAAGUGACGUCAUAAUGAGACACAACCCCUUACAAGAUAUGGCACCAUAAAAUGUUUAAAAAGAUAAAUCGAAAUUAUUGUAUAAUAUGAUAGUUUCACUACAUCCGUAUAAUUUUACGUGUCUGCCAGAUAAAAUUACAAAUAAUGUAUGAAGAUUUAUGUGAAAUAAUGUUAAAUUGGCCCGUUGUGUAAAAUUUCUUGCCACUUCAUUCGUAAAAUACGUUAAGAGUACAAAUUAUUGUAAACCAAAACUUUAUGAUUAAGUUUUUUUUCCAGUCCAUAGAUUAAAAAUGUUGUCUAUGCCAAAGGUAGUAUAACGAUAUAAUAUAUUCGUUUUUUCUUCAAUAUUAUAUUUUAUUCUGUACACAAAAUGGUUUCUAUGUAUACUUUUAUAUAAUACUUUUUAUUAAUUAUAAACCAUUUCAUAUUUUAACUCGAAUAUAAUUGAUACGAACAUUUAUUUUAUCUUUACAAUUAAUAUGAGGCUAAAUAGGCGGGAAACGAUGGUUUAUGAAGUUUUUUAUCGGAGCCUAUGUGUUUAAUGGUGGUCUAAUUUAAAGUUUUUAUGAGAUUUCUUUUUUUAUAAUUGUAUUCGAUUAUUUCGAUGAGGCUUGAAUAUUUUUUUAAUUUGACUAUUUAAAUUUCGAUAGUGGCAUUUACCGCUUAAAAUGACUAUCUACGCGAAACCAUGUUUAUUUUUUUUUUUCAUUUUAAUAUAAUUAUUUAUAAGAGUCGUUGCACUGACAUAAACUUUCGUAGGACGGCAGUUAAAUGCGUAUUUAUGUGACUUUCAUAAUAAAAUGUUCAUUUUAACGUACAUUUACGCAAAAUCUCACUUGCAGUUAGCCAUUUUAAGCAAGCAGCUAGAAAAAUCCGUCCUUUUAACAAGUCAUUGACAUAAAAACCCGUGUGUCACUAAACAUUCUCUUGUUAUACUUACGGACUUACGGUUACGCUUUAAGCGUAUAGUUUUUCAAUUUCAAUCUUAUGUACACUGCAUAAAGUUGUUUUUGAAAAACCACAGUGCGUUUAGACGCGAGUGACACGAAACGGUUUGAGUUUAGAAUGUUGGGUUAAUUUUAAACGAACGUUCUAGAAACGUUUCGAGUGUGCAUCAUGGGUUUCUUAUGUCAAUGCCAUAAGUGGACCCCAAUUUUUUUUAAAAGGGCAAUUUAGGAGAAAAACAUUGUAGAUUACUUUUUUUCAAAUAAAAUACUCAAACUGAACAAAUAGUUUAAUGGCGAAAUAUUGCCAUGCGUAUAAAAGCUUCAGCAUACUGUACUAUAAUAUUUUCUUUCGUAGUUUGAGGAGAGCAAGGAACAAAGGACGCUUGUCGAAAUGGAUUGAUUUUUUUAUUUGAGGUUAGUUUUUUUUUCGUCAAAGUAGCGACUUUGUAGACUGCGUUAAUGUUGCCUGUUCUAAAAUUAGAGGGUAAUUAAUAGUAUUAAAAUUUUAAUUUUACAAUUUCCAGUCUCAAGUUAAUUAAUUUAUUGUGAGUGUUUGUGUGAUUAAUGUUGUUUUGGAUUUUAUAUUGUGUUGAUAUCGGGAAAAAUGUAAUUUAAUCAUAUUAGUAAAAUUAGAUAAUUAUAUUUUGCGAGUAUAUGAGUAUAUAGAUUUUAUGACGAUUCAGUAUUUACUUUAGUCAUCUCUGUUUAUGUUUUUAAAUUU